AUGGUGACGGAGAUUCGGCUUCCUGUGGCCUGCCAGUGGCUCCCUGAGAACUUGGACUGGGACACACAGAAGCACUUGGUGGCACCUGGGGACACGAUCACCACAGAUACCGGCAUCAUGCUGGGCUGUGGUACCUAUAUGGGAGAUGAGAAGGUAAUAGCAUCUGUGACUGGCUUUGUGGAGAGAGUAAACAAGCUGAUCUGUGUGAAAGCUGUGAAAACAAGGUAUAAUGGUGAAGUAGCAGACAUUGUAGUGGGGAGAAUCACAGAGGUUCAGCAGAAGCAGUGGAAGGUGGAGACCAACUCCAGGCUGGAUUCAGUCUUGCUUCUCUCAUCCAUGAAACUUCCAGGAGGACAGCUGAGGAGAAGAUCUUCAGAAGAUGAACUUGCAAGGAGGAACUUCUUAUGGGAAGGGGAUCUUAUGACUGCUGAAGUCCGGGAAGUAUUUUCAGAUGGUGCAGUGUCUCUACAUACCAGGAGUCUAAAAUAUGGAAAACUUGGGCAGGGUGUUCUUGUCCAGGUUUCUCCUUCCUUGGUGAAAAGACAGAAAACUCCUUUCCAUGACUUGCCUUGUGGUGCCUCUGUGAUAUUGGGCAAUAAUGGCUUCAUCUGGAUCUACCCCACCCCUGAGCAGAGAGAAGAAGAGGCAGAAGACUUCAUUGCCAGUCUAGAGCCAGAAUCACUUCUGGUGAUAUCUCAGCUCUGGAACUGCAUUGUUUUCUUGCUGGCUCAGAAGAUGAUGUUGUUUGACACUAGUCUUCUGUAUAACUAUGAAGCAUUUCUUUCCCAUCCGAUCAAGGACAUUUUAAAACCAGAGAUAAUGGAAGAAAUUGUAACAGAAACUUGA